UUUUUUUUCGUUUUGUUCCCUUUUGAUCCUAACUUUAUUCAAUCAUGUGACAUUUACAGGCGGGAAUCGCAACCAUUAUCAAAUCAUAAGGAAAUAUCUCAGUGCUAGCUUUCCUAGGGAUGGAUGCGAGACCAGAUACAUAUUUCACAAAUCUCUUACAAGAUGGUGUGAUCCUUGAAGAUCAUUCUGAGAGGGAGCCUCAAGAUGAAUUUGGAUUUACUUAUGCAAAUCCACAUGCUCAAGUGUUUACCCAAGCAUCUCAAACCCCACCUCAAAAGGGAUCCACUCCUAAGAGAGCUCAACGUGGUGGCAAGUUCACCAUUGAAGAAGACAAAUUGCUUGUAUCGGCAUAUUUGAAUGCAUGUUAGCUUGGAUGCCGUGCAAGGGAAUGGCCAGAAACUGAAAACAUACUGGAGAAGAGCGUGGGAUUACUUUCAUGAGCACAUGCCAUUGGCUCAGCGUAAUGAGAAUUCUCUGAUGAAUAGGUGGUCGACCAUUCAACUUUCAGUUAACAAGUUCUGUGGAUGCUUUGCUGGAAUUGAAGCAAAGCAUCAAAGUGGUAUGAAUGAGGAAGACAAUGUCACUGAAGCAAACAAAUCGUACAAGGAACUCCAUGGAAGCUCAUUUCAAUUUGAGCACUGUUGGAAUAUUUUGAAGUACCAACCAAAGUGGCAUGUCGAUGUUGAGAAGAAAAAAACAAAGAAGAACAAAACUUGGACAAUACCUUCUUCUUCUACUCCCGAGUUGGUAGAUCUUGGAGAAUGUGAUGCCACCUUUGUGGACUUGGAGAGACCUAUAGGUACCAAAGCUGAGAAGAAAAAACGAAAGUUAGCUGAAAUUCCUAGUUCUCCUCUUGUAGGAAUACUAACUGACAUAAAGGAAGAAUAAAAGAAAACGAGCGACAAGAAAAUGGACAUCAUCCAACAACUACAUGUUGAAGAGCAAGAGAGACACCAACUUGAUAAAGAGAGACUGCGUGAGGAGCAAGAGAGAAAUGCUAUUAAGAAAGAAAAGCUACGUAUGAAACAGUUCAAAAAAGAGGACAGGAUAAUGCUACUGGAUACAAGUGUCUUGCCUCAUGUGCAACAAGAGUACUAUCAAAGUCGGCAAAUGGAAAUCCUUCAAGAGCGCGAAAAAAGGUUUAAAAGGGUUGGUAGUUGAAAUUUUGUGGGAAAUCUAGACAUUUUGGAGGAUUCAAGUAGUAUUGGUAGUUGAACUUUUGUGGGACAUCUAGACGUUUUGGAGGGUCGAAGUAGUUUGGACAUCUAGACGUUUUGGAGGGUUGAACUUUUGUGGACAUGUAGUCUUUUUUGGAUAUCUAUUGCCAAAAAAAAUUCACAUGCUAUUGUACCAAGAACUGAGGAUUGGGUGUAUUUUGGUAAAUAUUAGUUUGUGCUACUGUCCGGUACUGACCGGUAUACCUAGAAUCUUCCAUUGCCUAUGUUUUCUUGGCAUGUUAUUAAAUUAGCAUCAUUAUUAGAUUUCGACCCUCGUGCUGGAAUCUUUUGGAAGUCUGAA